GCAGAAAGCAGGGAUGAAGAGAAGACAUGAGGAAGAGGAGACCUCACCCAACAAGAAGCGGGUAAUUGAUCACAGUGUGAAGGUGGCGAGUCACUAUAACAGCCUGCAGGAAGUCGGUCUGGCUGCUCGCAGUCGAAGCCGAAUCUUCUUCAUGAGGAACUUCAACAACUGGCUGAAGAGCGUCCUGAUAGGUGAGAUCCUGGAGCAGGUGCGGGGGGCAGGGUCUCGGAAGGUGUCUGUGUUGGACCUCGGCUGUGGGAAAGGAGGAGACCUGCUGAAGUGGAGGAGAGGGGGGAUCAACCACCUGGUCUGUGCAGAUAUAGCAGCAGUGUCAGUGGAACAGUGUGAGAGUCGUUACGAGGACAUGAAGAAGAAAAGUCAUGUUAACGAGAAAAUCUUCAGUGCUCAGUUCAUCACAGCGGACUGUACCAAGGAGGUUUUGUCAGAGAAGCUUGAAGAGCCAGAGCUGAUGUUUGACAUCUGCAGCUGCCAGUUUGUUUAUCAUUACUCAUUUGAGAGCGAACUAAAGGCCGACAUGAUGCUGAGAAACGCCUGCGAGCGUCUGAAACCCGGAGGUUUCUUCAUUGGAACAACGCCAGAUGCCUUCGAACUUGUUAAACGUUUGGAGACAUCAGAAACUCUUUCAUUUGGUAACGAGGUUUUUAAAGUUUCCUUUCAGUCCAAAGGUUUCUACCCUUUGUUCGGAUGUCAGUAUCACUUCAGUCUUGAGGACGUCGUCAACGUACCGGAGUUCCUUGUCUACUUUCCUCUUUUUGAACACAUGGCAAAGCAAUACAACAUGCGUCUGGUGUUGAAGCAGAGAUUCUGUGAGUUCUUUGAAGAGAAAGUGAAGAAGGACCACCAUCGAAGCCUCAUGAUGAAGAUGAUGGCUAUGGAGCCAUUUCCCAGUGACGAUGGAGGUCGACAGACUACAGACAGCAGAGGAGAGUACUGCCAUGCUAAAGAGCAAUGCAGCAAAGCUGGAGUCAAACUACCACUGGGCACUCUGAGCAGAUCUGAGUGGGAAGCAGCCAGUAUAUACCUGGUGUUUGUCUUUCAGAAGAUGUCCUGAUGCUGGAAAACGUUUUGGUUUGUGAAGUCACCUGCUCAUCAUCAGUGCACCUGUUCUCCAUUUAGUGUUUGUACAGCGUUUGCCUGUUUUCUUUUUCAAGUCUGUUUUUGAUAAACUAUGAACUGUGUUGUUUUUUAAUUGAAUUAAAGCUCAAUUUAAACUGA